AUGGAGGACAACAGUCGAAGCGAGACUCUGUGCAAAGUCUGCGGGGACAAGGCUUCUGGAAAGCAUUACGGAGUGCCCAGCUGCGAUGGAUGUCGCGGUUUUUUCAAGCGGUCGAUCCGCAGGAAUCUGGACUACGUCUGCAAGGAAAAUGGUCGCUGCAUCGUGGACGUUUCACGACGCAAUCAGUGCCAGGCAUGUCGUUUCACCAAGUGCCUUCAGGUUAACAUGAAACGAGACGGUACGCUUCGUUUCACCGGUUUCUCAACAUUAACUAAUAUAAAAACUAAAAAACGCGAAAGACUUAAUAAUAUAGAGGAAGAAAUGUGGCGGAAUCAUCCCCUUUUAUAUCCAGCCCUAUUUCCCUUCAAACCAACGAUUUCGUCAGCUUUCACUCCAUCGGUUGCGCACUUUUUGCCGCGAUCCCCAACCGAACCUCUGUCAGUGACAGCCGCCAAAGAGGAUGAGGUGACAAGCUCCGAGGAAGCUGGAACGAUAGAAACUAGAAUUGAGCCAAAGGAGGAUUUACUAAGUACUCGAUUAGCACCGCCAAUCAUCAACUCUGCAUCGGCGGAGUAUAUACCAAAUUUCUCCAUUUUACCUACGGAAAAUAUCUACGAAUUCGCGGCGAAACUGUUGUUCUUUGCUGUCAGAUGGGCACGAAGUAUUCACUCCUUCUUACAACUGCCAUACAGAGACCAGACGAUUCUCCUGGAAGAAUCUUGGAGCGAGUUGUUCGUCCUGACAGCCGCACAGUGGAAUUUUCCUGUUGAAGAAUCCGCAUUGGUACCCAAUGAUAUAUCGUCCGAGAGAAAAGAAAUACUUGUCGAUGAGGUGAGGAGAUUGAGGGAGUUACUGGGAAAAUGCGCAGUUCUCAGAGUCGACCAUUCAGAGUACGCUUGUCUGAAGGCAAUCGUUCUGUUCAAAGGAGAAUCCCGAGGACUUUGUGAAAGAGGAAGAGUAGCUGCGUUGCAAGAGCAAACGGUUGCGGUGUUUUGCGAAAGGGAUGCUCGGAGGGUUGGACGACUUUUGUUAUUGUUACCCCCAGCGCGUGCCCUCUGUCGAUCAACAUUGCAAGAAUUAUUGUUCAAACCAACGGUAGGUGACGUUAGUGUCGAACGACUAUUGGGGGACAUGGUGAGCGCGCUUAGACCGACAUAA